AUGCAUACAUCAACUGUCAAGCUGUAUGAGGCCCUUGUUGGUGGAACUAUCAUCACGCCAGUUAUGGGAUAUGUAAUCAAGGACAUGCAAGAAUGGAUGCAAGUACACGAAAUAAAUCAACCAAGUCUACAGCAUGUGUAUGCUCGUGCCAGUACUACGGUACAAUCUACAUCUAAACCAUUUAUUUCUGGUAGUGUAGUGUAUGGACUAGUUAUUGGUGCGGCUUUGGUUGCUAUCGCGGCAGUUUUGGCAUUUGUAGCAAUACGACCCAAAACUACAGCCAAAGCAACAACGCAAAGUCAUAACCACACAGAAGUUCCAUCACCCGUUGACGCACCACUCCAACCCGACUCGGAAACAUACACUGGGAAAUGCAAAGAAAGGAUGACAAUAACUCCUACGGAUGAGAUCGAGAUGAUGGAAAUGAACUUUGAACCAGCGAGUAGUCAAGUGGAUUAUUCCAAGCCGUGUAGUUCUUACUCUUAA